UUCUUAUGGGGCUAAAUGAGAGUUUGCACAAACCUGCAGCACCAUAAUAGGAAUGGAUCCUCUUCCCAAUCUCAACAAAGCUUAUGCAAUGGUGUUACGCCAAGAGAAGCAGGCGGAAACUGCCGCGAACAAAUCCACACUUCCAUCAGAAUCUUCUGCCUUUGCGGUCAAGCGAGUGAACAGAGCUUACAAUCCUAAAGAAGGAGAGAACCGCAACUUCAAUCCUAGUGCGGGAACAUCAAGAUUUUGUGAGAAGUGUGGGAUGGAUAAUCACACUGCACGGUAUUGCAGGGCACACUUGAAGUGCACAUACUGCAAGGGCAAAGGGCACACCUACGCAUACUGUUGCAGAAGGAAGAAGGAUAAUGCUGCUGCUGAAGGUGGACAAAUUUUAUCCAAGGCAAAUCAUGUUGAGGCACAAAAGGAUGACAAAGAAGCUGCUUCUGUUAAUUUUCCAUUCACAAAAGAGGAGUGUCAACAUCUUCUCAGCCAACUCAUAACUCAAACAAAUCCUGCAUCUGCCAAUUUGACACCUCUGUUUCAUACAAGACCUACGAUCGAGGAGGAUGAUUGGGACUGGAACUGAGAAGGAGGGACUCUACCACCUCAAUCUGCAAUGGGAAGGAACAUGCAAUGUGGUUCAUGCGAGUUCGGAUGCCUUGUGGCACCAACGGCUUGGCCAUCCUUCAAAUAAAGUUUCAUCAUUAUUUUCUUUUCUUACAAAUAAAGCUUCUGAUUCAAACUCUUGUUCUAUUUGUCCUUUAGCCAAACUUACUAGGCAACCCUUUCCUUUGAGUGUCAAUUGUAGUGCAUCUUGUUUUGAUUUAAUUCAUGUUGAUA